AUGGAGGAAAUGGAGGAAUUUCUAAAGGAGCAUGAAUUAGAAAAUUACAUAGAAACCUUUAAAGAAAAUGAUGUUACUCUAGAAAUUGCAAAAAAAUUAUCCCCCAAUGAAAUAAAAGAACUAAUUCCAUCGAUCGGAAAACGACAAGUAUUUACAUCAGCUUUAAAAGAAGUGACUCUUAAUGAAUUUAUCGUUGGGGAUUCAAAUUUCCUUGUUGAAACUAAUAAAGAUGGCAGUACAAUCUCUCUUGAUACAAUAGAAAGUAUACAACUACAAGGCGAUUUGGCGGUCGUAAACGAACAUCGCAAUAUUGCAUUUUGUGGAAUCGAAAAUUUUGAAAUUCCUACAUUGCCAGAUUUUGACUUGAAAACAUUACUGGAUACAACCCCAUUAGGGUUAACUGUCAUAAAUUAUUACAAAAAAAAUCAGCGUCUGAAUAAUUCUAAAAGAAGAAUUCUAGUAGAUAUAAUAACUAAAAAGAUAUUUAAUUUUAUCGUAAAACAUCGAAUGACACAUGGAGACUAUAACUUAAUUUCAGCAAAAAUUCUUCUUUUAUUUCCAAAGGAAUGUAUGGGGACCUACUAUGUCCCUGCAGUUGGUAAGAAGCGAUCACUAACUAAUAAAUCAAUAAUUGCUAAAGGAAAGUUAGUGGAUAAAGUAAGAAAUUUGCUGCGAUUGAACAGGGACAUAAAUUCUGACAUAGAAAAAAAUACCGAAACCCCCGAAACAUCAAGUAAUUCAUUGAAUUAUAACGUGAAAGAGCUUGAUAAAUCUUGGCUAGAAAUCAGAAGUGAGCCCAGAACAGAAGUUAUAAGCAAGUGGCAAAAUACUGUAAUAUUGAGACGUAGACGUAAAUAUAAUGAUGUGCAAGAGUUUUUAAAUGAUUGGCCUGUACUAAAGAACAUAAGCAAUGUCAAUGAAUUGAUUUAUAUGGAUUUCGAUGAACUUUUUCCAAACUUGGGAUUAAAUCUUAGAUUGAAUUGGUUUUUCUUUAUGGACAAAAUAUUAUCUAUGAAAAAGUUGAAUGUAAAAGAUCAAUAUUCUCUAAAUUUGUUAGAAUUGCUUGAAGACUCUACUGAAGACACUGCUGUGGCUAUUCAUUUGAAUCUACUGCCGAUUUUGAUUCCGCCAAAAGGAAGAACCUGUUUUAAAAAUAAAAAUUGGAAGUUUUCAGGAGGUGAAGUUCUUGAAAGUUUUUUGCUGCAUUCUGUGACUGUUACAGAAACAACUCAAUUAAUAGAAAAGCACAACAGACAAGUCUUUGAAAAAAAAGGAAUUUUUCAGCCCUUUAUUUUAAUUGAAGGACAAUCAUUGAGGGAAAUAAAAAACAUUUUUGUUGUAGCUGGUGACAAAAAAUUUCAAUUUGAUUCAUUGAUUACCGCAUUAGAUUUUAAUUUUAAACUUUUUCACGUUGGAAACUUUCAUUAUCCAAUUGAAUCAGAAUAUUUGUGGCUCAUGAUUCAGAAAUGUGUUUAUUCCUUUGAUACUGAACAUGAUAAAGUUAUUCCCUAUAUUUUAGAUAUUAUUCAGGCAAUAAAGGAAAACUAA